CUAUCUUAGUUCUGCCUCCUCCACAGCCCCGUCGACCUCCAGGUAUUUUGCUCUGAUGGGCGUCAUGUUGCCUGUCCACAAAUUGACAUAACCCUCGUCCGGCUGACCCAGGAUUUCUGUCAAGAACAUAGGCUUCCGAAUGUAUGUGUUGGACAGAAUGUAUGAACCGGAGAAGGGAUGCCACGGCAUGGAAAAGUAUCUGUCGAAGCAAGUGUCAGGGAGACUGUCCUGGAGAUUCCCCGGGAUGCCUCGGGGGUUGAAGUCGGCAUUGACGAUUGCGACGUCACACGCCAGCAAGUGUUCUGCCUCUGUUGCUUCAGCGGUGCCGCCGCCGAAUGCUUUGAAAAUGGUGGAAGCCUGCUUGAUGCGGCUGGUGGGCGAUGCCGUGCUGUCGAGGUGAGCCCCGCCGAAGCACAGCUGUAAGCUGGUUCGAGCGCCGGUCGGUGUCUUCCACCAGAUGGGGAUUUUGGCCAGAACGGCCUCCUUGGUUGCGGUAGUCCUGCCCUGCCCGCUGGCUGUCUUGAACUGCGCGGUGACACACACACACACACACACAGAGAGAGAGAGAGAGAGAGACGAGACACAAAGGAGACACACUCACAGAUGAUGUCCCCCCCCACACCCCCACACUCUGUGCGACCUUUUCUGACCGCAUUGACGGCAGCCGUCUUGAGUGCCGUCUUGCGUGGGCCCCCUGCGUCGUGCUGCAUGAAGGAGAGCUCCGCGGCCUUGACUUGAUCACCUUUGACCAACGAGAAACGAUCCAUCUCGAGCAACACGGCCAUGACCACCCCGUCUCGCGUGUCGGGCAGUCCUGCUUCAACCCUAGGGACUUCCGCCUGGCCCUCGGAGACGUAGAGCGAUCCCCACAAGUAGAUCGGCACUUUGUGAAUGUUUUUGAUAAACCGUGGGACGAGCCAGUGGGCGGGGUAGUGGCCACUGAAGGAGGGGGUCGCAGCCGCCGAGCUCUUUGCAGCCUUUGCGUCGGCGUCGAAGAUCAGCAACGAGUAGAAGUGUUCCUUGGCCCAAUGGUGCAACCUGCAGGCAGACGAUAGGUGUGCGGUGUGCAAUGUGUUGGCUGCACAAAGGCAUCUCCUACGUGGUCCCGGCCGCUCACCACCUGCCCAGCCCGGCUUCGCCGUUCUCCUGCACAUCAACCAACCAACCAACGAGGAUGCCCAAUGGGUUCACUCAUUGAUUCAUUCAUUCAUUGACUCCUUCUUUCUCACGCACUGCUUGCCUGCAGUGUCAGAUGGAUGACCGCGCCCUCCCCAUCAACAUCAGCACUGCACGUCGCGAGCAGCGUCCCCAACGCCGAGAAGAGCUCGUCCCCGGUCACGCCACCGGUGGCCGCCUUGCCACUCUCGCUGCCUGCAUCUGUCGGAAAAAUGUCCUCAUCACACAUAAUGAGGCCGACACAAGACAUGCAUGAACACCCCUUGGCUGCCUGCCUGCCUGCACAGCCUAUGUAUGGUCUUACUGUAUGUGACGGAACAAAGGCCGAUGGCGGGCUGCUGGUCGCUGCUGCACUUGUCCGACAGUGGCAGCUGCCAAGGGGCGUCGGCGAGGGAGCUGGUGCGACACAGCGACAGGAACAAUAGCAAAGUGGACGCAAGGAAGGUCAUGGUCAGCGAGACGAGACGCUGGUG